AUGGCAUAUCGACGCAAUGGACUGAGACAGGAGGAUCUAUUCUCCGUGAAGCUCGAUGGUCUGACUGAGUACGUGAAAUCAGAUGAACUCGAAGACCUCUUCGCGAAGUAUGGGCAAGUUCAGGACGUGUACAACUACUUUCCUCAUUGUUUGUUUCUGCAUGACGCCUACAAACUAGUAAUGAUACCUUAUUUCACUUGGCUUAUACCCAAAUGCAUUUGAGUUUGUGUUUGAAUGAUGAGUACUUACUAGUUCUGGGAUUCUCUGACUCGUUCUUCUCUUAUAUAUUGAUUUUCAAAUAAACAGACACUGCUGGCGCGGUCCACUUCGAUCGUCUGUCAGCGUAUAUCGUGCUGGGUCUUCCUUCCUGUUAGAUGAAUCUUGAUAUUUGCAGUAGCAGUGACCAGAUCCGGCACAGCUGCCAGCCUAUUAAAACUCGCAGUGCUUCCUGCAAAGCUGCGGUGGCAGUUGAUGAACAAUCUAAAAAGAAGAUCUCUCCUGAAAAAUGCAACAUGUUGCUGGCUGCUUUUUCUUACUACAACAAAUGCGUGGAAAAGAUCCUGAUCCUGUAUAAUCCUGGUUCCGCUGCUAACUUGAUCGCUCCGGAUCUUGCCUGUAUGCCGCGGUCGUGUCCUCUUUAACCUUAUCAAACGGAUCCUGAAUAUAGGCUGCCUCCUGCAACCUGCUAAACCAGCAGCUAUUACGUAAUCGUCCCUCCGGGUGUUUGUCUGCUAACCAACUGUCACAUAUCCGUGCUGAGGCUGACAAGCAAUGUCCUCCUGCCGGAUGCUAAUGCGGCCUGCAUUUGCUGCGUGCCUUGUUACAGCAGACAGUAACGACGCAGCCCGAUUUUCUUUUCCAACUAUGCGCAAAAUAGGUACAUUCCGCGCGACUACCGAACUGGCAAGAACAAGAACUUUGGAUUUGUCCGGUUCCAGUACGAGAAUGAGGCUAAGGAAGCAUCGGAACAGCGUGAGGUAUACUUUUUUAACACGUACCACGACUACAAAUUUCGAAGAUUCUUCUGUCAUUUGCGACCAUGUUCUUCUUCAUUCUUGUAAAUAGAUUUUUCCUACACAAAAAAUUAUCUGUUCAUUUUGUUUCAACAGGUCGAGGUCGACGGUCAGCGAGUCGAGCUGAGUCUGGCAACGAAGGGAAAGCGCGACAUGGGCCGCCGCGACCGAUCCCGCGGAGGCGGAGACCGACGCCGCGACUCCCGCGGACGUGGAGGCCGGCGUGAUUCCAGGGGCCGUGGUCGUGGAGGUCGCGACCGCCGAGACUCCCGUGACCGCGGACGUGGACGAAACUAAGCAAUCUACCGAUAUUGAUAUCGUAAGAUGCUGAAUCCGGAGAAGCAUAAAGACUAAGAGAUGGAAAAAAUGCGUUUUUAGAACGACAUAUUCUCACUUUUCUAGUAGAGGAGGAGGCUUGAGAUCAAAAAAUAUUGCUCUGCUAAUGCUAUUAACAUCGGACUAAAUGUUCAUCUAUUAGGGCAUGCGCCGGCCCCAACAUUGCUUAUUUGAUAUAAGAUGAAGCACGAAGAAUCUUUCAUGAUUCGUGAAACGACAUAGGAACAAACAUAACAUAUGAUCACUUUACUAGGACUACAAGUAAGAGGAAUGAUGCUCGCAGAGGCGACGCGGAGCACCGGCGAAAGUAAGAUUUUCCAUAUGGAACGAGGGAAACCGUUGUAAGUGCAAACACAUGCCCGCUUCUCUCAUGAUAUUUGCAAGACUCGAUGGAGUAAGUAGAUUAAUAUCGAAACCGAAACAAUAAGACCCAAUUAUUUCUUCUUUGUCUGACUGUGUAUUCACGAAGUACUCUUAUCUUAUCUUAUUUGACAAAACCCGCAACCGCAAGAAGGAUAAGAUGGUCAUGAUCUUCAAACUCAAAGUAUUAUCUUACGAAUGGCAUCCUUACGAAUACUGCAAACUCUAGCUGACGCUGAGGACGGUUGAAAGAGACAAUGUUGUGAUAUUCCUUUGAAACCUGGUGACGCAACACGAAAGACGGAAAGGUAAGGAUGUGAAUCCAAUCGAUAUCGAAGCUUGAAAUCGAUAAUAAAAACUACAAUAUUAAGUGCAAACGGCCAAGACGGUCAAUGUCGAUCGGCGUUGGUCAUCAUACAUACCUUCCUUCUGUACACAUCAAAGGAUCUUUCUGCAUCCUCCAGCUGGAGGUAGUGUUGCUGUUG